UUUCUAUUGCAUAAUUCUUCCUUCUGUGAUCUCUCUCUGUACUUGAAAACCCUUGCAUCAAUUCCGCAAAUUCAUCCGAUUGCUUCACAAAUUUUCGUGAAAUCUAAGCGAAUACCGCACUCAGUAGCUGCGCAAUGUUGCAGAUUCAGAAGAUCUAAGUUUUCGUUUUCUGCAGUUGUGGUUAUAGGGUGCACACUUGAUUGUAUAAAGCUUGUACCUUUUACCGCCUCCAUCUAUGUUUGGAGGUCUUGAGUCUAUCCCUAAGAAUAGUCCUCAUCUACGGAAAUCUGGUAGCCGGUCUGUUGUGUUUGAUAUUGGUUCGGGGGAGCUCGGAAGUAGCUCUGAGGAAGAAUUUUUGCGUAAUACAGAGUCAAAUGAAAUGAAGGGUGGGGCGAUACCAUUAAGCAGUGCAGCCAUUGUGCCUUCCCCUCUUCUGCUUUGGAGAUUCAAGGUACUACUGUUUUUCAUCUGGGGAUUUUGCUGUUGCAAGAUCGGAUGGGAUUCAGUAAUGAGAAUGAGUGUAGACCUUCGAGAUUUGUUUUUAUAUGAGGCUUUCUUGUAUUAUAAUCCUCUUCUUCUUGUGACUAUGAUGGUUUGGCUUUGGGGAAUCAAUUUGUGGGUUUUCGCCCAGUCUAAUAUUGGAUAUGUGAAGAUUUUUGAUCUAGACCAGAGCCAUCUCACUCAUAGAGAGAUAUGGAAGUGUGCUACAUGGAUGACAAUAGUUGUGCCAACUAGCAUGACAGCAUACCUUUAUCUGUAUUCUCACGGAGAAGUUUCAUUGGCGGCAUCUCAACCAGUGCUCUUGUAUGCUGCUGUCUUGAUGACCCUCAUAUUUCCCUUUGAUAUCUUCUAUCUUUCAUCUCGUUUCUUUUUCUUGAGGACAGUUUGGCGAAUUGUUUUCCCAUUACAGGCAAUAUCAUUUCCUGAUUUCUUUUUGGCUGAUAUAUUUACCUCUAUGGCAAAGGUUUUCUCCGAUCUGGAGCGUUCAGUUUGUAGAAUGGUCCAUCGCCAGGUUGCUACCAUCGCAUGGUUUGAGGCAGACUCUGUUUGUGGGAGUCACUCUGUCGGAAUACCAAUAGCUCUUGUUUUGCCCUACAUUUUCCGUUUAUUCCAAUGUCUUCGGCAGUACAAGGAUACAAAAGAAAAAACUGCUCUGCUUAAUGCCCUAAAGUAUUCAACUGCAGUACCAGUUAUAUUUCUUUCUGCCCUCAAGUAUCAUGUUUUUCCUGAAAAAUGGACAAGUAUUUAUCGACCACUGUGGCUAUUAUCGGCUGUAUUGAACUCCCUGUACUCGUUUUACUGGGAUAUCACACGGGAUUGGGACUUGAGCUGUUUCACGCGGAUUUUCAAAUUCAACAAACCACAUACCGUAUCCAACUUGUUACAUGGGAGGAAGUGGGUGUACGUUUGGGUGAUCGGGAGCAAUCUUAUCCUGCGUUGCACGUGGACAUACAAGCUAUCCGCCCAUCUUCGCCAUAACUACCUCACUGUGUUUGCAAUAUCAGCGCUGGAGAUACUGCGCCGUUUCCAGUGGGUGUUCUUUCGGGUGGAGAACGAGUGGAACAAAACGAACUCCAAAUCGAGUAUUCAGUUAUCCACGUUGGAUAACCCUAAUGAGGAAGAAAAGUUGCUCAACUCCAGCAGUCAUACUGUAUAGAUCGGAUGAAGUCUACAUCAUCCGUAGGUAAAUUUAUACCAACACCAAUUUUCCAACACUAUUGAUAUUGAAAAGAAUUAUCCAUUUUGGAGUGGAAAUGUGGGCUCAGAUUUUAGAUAUUUUCCCAUUUAUUAUCUAUAAUUUCUGUUGCCUGAGUUUCUCAAUAUAAUAUCUCUUCAACA